AUGCCAGGCGAAAUGUGGAGCCCGGCUCUGAUGAACAAUCCAGCCGGGCAGCCAGAGUCUUCAGCGCCAGAGACCCUCCAGCCGACAACGGGGAUGGUGACCAUGACAGAAUCCUCGACUUCCUCCUCGAUGGCCCCGCUUACCAUGCCACAGCAAGAGAGUUCGGCCUUCCAAAUCACCGUGCCCCAAAACACCUUUGGCCUUGACUAUUCUGGCUUCUCUGACCGACUUCAAGUUUCCAAACCUUCACCACUGCAACAGCCCGCGCCGCAGACGCCAACUGCAGAGCAGAGACCACAAACCAUGGCAGAGCAGCCUGAAAGGGUUCGACAACAGCCAUCUCCGACAAUGCCUUCUCCGUUUACGCCAGCCGUUCCAAAUGGAUUGGGUCAUGGCGCCGGUCGACCGCGCGAGGCAUUGGAUCGCGGUGAGAUCCCCCAGCCGAAGCGGCGAAAGACGUACAAUGAAAAUGACACUGUCAUGAUGUCGUCGAGCCCUCCAGCUUCAACCAACGGCGCCUUAAUGCGACCCAUUAUGCCGCCGCCGCCGCCGCCGCCGCCGCCGCUGCGGCGACAAACGAUGGACGACGUCAUUAUGCUGAGUCCUAAAGCCAACCAGGUUAUGAACAAUACUGCUGCUGCCGGUGUCGUCAUGUCCCAGGCGAGUCCCUCGGCGGCUGUCAUCAUGGCCAACCCUUCGGCAGAUGUCAUCAUGGUUACAUCCGCGCCGAAACCCUCCGAGACCAUCGACCUUACUGGCGGCGACUCGGAGCCCGCGAAGCCUACGAAUGAUCCGUCCAAGGACGAGGAGGUGUGCUAUGGUAUGAUCGAGGGCGCCACGAUUAACUGCCACAAAGUCCCUGCUCCCAAGCAAGGCAUGAUCGCUAUCAACGGUCCUGACUGGUGGCCGCAGAUCAAGGCGAUCCUCAGACGCAAGGCAGAUGACAGGAACACAAGUAGAAUUUUCGUCUACGACUGCAACAGAGUGGUCUUUGGCUUGGUCGACCAGCGGACGGCCGACUGCUUGGCUCCUCUGCUGGACUCGGCCCUCCAAAUACGUACCGACUGCCGGAUUCCCAGUCGCCGCAAGCUCCCCGGCGAGCAGGUCGGCCAGCAGUGCUCUGUCAACUUGAAGCUCGAACUGAUGGUCUACGGGCCCAGAAAGUACGCUCAACAUGUUGGUAGGCACUUCGCGAACCGCAAUGUGCUACUCGUGAGCCCUCCCCGCGUGGAUCCUGGUAUCAAGGUGUUCAACCCGAUGGCAAAGGAGAACCGACUUCCCCAGGCUGCUCGUUCCAACAACAACAUUCCGCCUAGUGGCCCUGCUUAUCCGACUCCCACUGUCAUCCGCUCCGCCGAGGAGAUCCGUAACGAGGUCAUGGGCGUCUUCGACACGCUUAACAACUGCAACGAAUUACCCGAAAUGGAUCCCGAUCCGCGCGUGCAGACCGAACUGCUCCAUCAUCAGAAGCAAGCCCUCUACUUCAUGACCCGUCGGGAGGAAGAUGAGCUGCCGGACGCCGGUACCGAUGGCGAGCGCAUCACCACCAUCUGGCAGAAGAAGAGGGACCGUCAAGGCCGCGACUGCUGGUACAACGUGGUUACGUGCCAAGCCCAGCGCGAGAAGCCGCCCCCGACUCGUGGCGGUCUUCUUGCUGAUAUGAUGGGUCUCGGAAAGACGCUUAGUAUCCUCUCACUGGUUACUAAGACUCUUGAAGAGGCGGAUCGCUGGUCACGCCAGCCUCCUGUGCAGCCGCAGGCUCCCAAACAACGGACCAAUAAUAAGCAGCAGCAGAAUUUGCAUCAUGCGCAAUUUGAUGUCCCCAAGCCCGCAGCUUUCGACUUGACUCCCGUGAGACUGAACGGCAAGGCUACCCUGCUCAUCUGCCCCCUGAGUACUGUCACCAAUUGGGAGGAGCAGAUCAAGCAGCACAUCAAAGCUGACAGCAUCAGGUACCACAUCUACCACGGUCCCAACCGUGUGAAGGAUGUGGAAGAGUUGGCGCGUUAUGAUCUGGUCAUUACCACGUACGGCUCUAUCGUCAGCGAGCUCAACUCGCGUAUUAAAGGCAAGCGGGGCAUCUACCCCCUUGAGGAAAUUGCUUGGUUCCGUAUCGUGCUCGACGAAGCUCAUACCAUCCGCGAACAGAGCACGCUGGCCUUCAAGUCGGUUUGUCGCCUGCAGGCCAGUCGUCGCUGGGCCGUCACCGGCACGCCCGUCCAAAACAAGCUGGAUGAUUUGGCUUCGCUGCUCGCCUUUCUGCGUCUGAAGCCGUUCGAUGAUAGGAGCAAAUUCCUUCAGCACAUCAUCCAGCCGUUCAAGGUGGCCGACCCGGAGGUUCUGACAAAGCUGCGUGUUCUCAUUGACACCAUCACGCUGCGCCGCUUGAAGGAUAAGAUCUCCCUUCCCGAGCGCACCGACGAGAUCGUCUACCUGGACUUCACGCCCGAGGAGCGCCGUAUAUACGACUGGUUUGCCCGGUCUGCACAGGAGCGUGUCAAGAUCUUGACUGGCAAUGUACUGAACCAGGACCGUCUUGUUGGUGGCAAGACCAUGAUUCAUAUCCUGCGGUCUAUCUUGCAGCUGCGUCUAAUCUGUGCCCAUGGCAAGGACUUGCUUAGUGACGAGGAUCUCGAGCAGCUCCAAGGCAUGACCGCUGAUACACCGAUCGACCUCGACAGCGACGACGAAGACAAGACACCGGUUCUUAGCGAGAACAAGGCCUACGAGAUGUUCUACCUUAUGGUUGAAACAGGUAGUGACAACUGCUUCCGGUGCAACAUCAAGCUGGGCUCAGUCGAAGUAGACGACCCCGAGUCGGACCGCCAGGAUGAUGUGCUUGGCUAUAUGGCCAAAUGCUUCCACGUCUAUUGCCCGUCCUGCAUCAAGCUCCUCCGUGCCGACCAAUACCAUCCCACAGCCGCUGAGUGCACGGUCUGCGCGCGCUACGACCGCACUGCUUAUGUCGAAUUACACCGCAACCGUGCCGACCAAGUCCACGAAUCCCGCACCGCAGCUAAGAAUCCCAAAGGUCCCUACUCCUCCACAGACGCUAGCACAAGCAACAACAGCAAUAACAAUACUGCCAUCCCGAAUAAAAUCAUCCCUGACGACCGCUACUCCGGCCCGCACACAAAAACCCGCGCCCUCAUCGCCGAGCUCCUGCACAACAAAGCCCUCAGCGAAGCCAACCCCUCCGAACCCCCUCUAAAGUCAGUCGUCUUCUCCGGCUGGACCUCCCACCUUGACCUCAUCCAAAUCGCCCUCGACAAUGCCGGCAUCACCUAUACCCGCCUCGACGGCAAGAUGUCUCGCCCCGCCCGCAACGCCGCCAUGGACGCUUUCCGCGACGACCCUUCCGUGCAAGUCAUCCUAGUAAGCAUCAUGGCCGGCGGGCUGGGCCUCAACCUCACCGCGGGGAAUAGUGUCUAUGUGAUGGAGCCGCAGUUCAACCCCGCGGCGGAAGCGCAGGCGAUUGAUCGGGUGCAUAGGCUGGGGCAGAAGAGGAGAGUACGGACGGUACGGUUUAUCAUGCGGGACAGUUUUGAAGAGAAGAUGUUGCAGUUGCAGGAGAAGAAGAAGAAGUUGGCCAGUUUGAGCAUGGAUCGCGAUCCAAAGCUAGCCGUGGAUCACACGGAGGCGGCAAGGCAGCGAUUGUUGGAUUUGAGGAGUUUGUUUAAGUGA